GGGGCGGAGCCGCGGCGGCGGACGGACGCGGAGCUGGAAGCCAUGGACCCCGAGUGCUCGCAGCUCCUCCCGGCUCUCUGUGCUGCGCUGGCAGACCCCAGACAGCCCGUGGCAGAUGACACCUGCCUGGAGAAGCUGCUGGACUGGUUUAAAAGUGUAACUGAAGCAGGGUCCAGCCUGCUGCUGCUGGAGGACAGCCCCUGCCUGGUGGAGCUGCUGUCCCAGGCGCUGAAGGCCCCGGGCCUGAGCCCCGCCGUCCUCUCCUUCUCCCUCCGCCUCGCGGGCGUCCUCGCUGCCCAGGAAGACUGCUUCGAGUACCUUCAGCAGGGGGAGCUGCUGCCCGGGCUCUUCGGGGAGGCGGGCCCCCUGGGCGGAGCAGCCUGGGCCGCGCCCACGGUGCGCAGCGGCUGGAUCCAGGGCCUGCGCGCCCUGGCGCAGCACCCCAGUGCCCUGCGCUUCCUGGACAGCUUCGGUGCCCUGGACACCGUCUUCUCGCUGCAGGGCGACCCCAGCCUGUUUGUGGCCUCGGCGGCUGGGCAGCUCCUGGUGCACGUCCUGGGCCUGUGCAUGCGAGGCCCGGCCGCGGGGCCCCCUGGCCCGCAGGCUGGUGACUGGCCCGCGUGUGCCCAGAAGAUCGUGGGCCACGUCGAAGAGUCCCUGUGCUCCACGGCCACCCCGCGGGUCACGCAGGCCCUGAAUGUCCUGACCACCACCUUUGGGCACUGCCACAGCCCUUGGACGCAAGUCCUUUGGGUGCGGCUGAGUCCCCUCGUGGCCCGUCUGCUCGAGAAAGACCCCAUCCCAGCUGCUCACGCGCUGGUGGAUCUCCUCCUCAGCGUGGCCCGCUCCCCGGCGCGGAGUGCCACCUGCGACCUGUGGGAGACGAUGGCGCAGACCCUGGGCCGCCUGAGCCCCAUGCAGGCGGGGCCCCUGGCCCUGGGGGUCCUCAAGCUGCAGGGCUGUCCGCAGGCUCUGAGGACACAGGCCUUCGAUAUCCUCCUCCAGCCCCUGGCCUGUGUCCUGAAAGCUGCUGCUCAGGCCCCUGGACCCCCAGGCUUGCCGGCUGGGCCCGCGGGCGACACUGCCGUGGUGGACGCGCUGCUGUCCUCCCGGUCGGCCUGCGUGGGCCUCCUCUGCCAGACCCUGGCCCACCUGGAGCUGCUGCUGCCCAUGCCCCAGCGCCCCGCGCCCUGGCCGCAGGCCGCCCUGCUGGGCGCCACGGUGGCAGUCCUGCAGUUCUGUGGCGGCUCGGCAGUGCCCGCCUCCGACGUGGGCGGACGCCUCUGUGUGGCCCUGGCCGGCUGCGUCCGGGUCCAGCGAGCGGCCCUCGACUUCCUGGGGGCGCUGUCCCAGGGUGCAGGCCCCCGAGAGCUGGAGACGCAGGCGCUGGCUGUCCUCCUGGGUUACCUCAAGAGCCCCGACUCCAGCCCCACGGUCCUGAAGAAGGCCUUCCAGGCCACGCUCCGGUGGCUGCUGAGCUCGCCCCAGCCCCCUGGCGGCUGCAGCCUGGACCCCCACACCCAGCUGUUCCUCGGAGAGCUUCUCCCUGUGCUGCAGAAGCGCCUGUGCAGCCCCUGCUGGGAGGUGAGGGACUCGGGGCUCGAGUUCCUGACCCAGAUGACCCGACACUGGGCAGGACAGGCCGGCUUCAGACACGCGCUCCUGGCCUCCGAGGUGCCUGAGCUCGCGGAGCAGCUCCUGCAAGACCCCGAGAGCUACGUCCGCGCAAGCGCGGUGACCGCCGUGGGGCUGCUCUCCAGCCAGGGACUGCACGCCGCCCGCGCCAGUCCCGAGCCCCCGGGGGGCCCGCAGAAGAGCCUGCUGCUGGACCUUCUGCACGUCCUCUCCACGGAUGCGGAGGGCUUUCCCCGGAGGGCUGUCAUGCAGGUCUUCACGGAGUGGCUGAGGGACAGCCACACCGAAGUGGCCGAGGACACGGAGCGCUUCGUGGCCAGGGUGCUCCAGGCAGCGAGCCAGGACCUGGACUGGGAGGUCCGGGCCCAGGGCCUGGAGCUGGCGCUGGUGUUCCUGGUGCAGACGCUGGGCGUGCCUGGCCCCCACUGCCCCUGUGCCGUGGCCGCCCCUGUGGCUGCACCCCCCGGCCAGCUGGCCCAGGCCCUGCGGGUGCUCUGCCGGGUGCAGCUCUUCGAGUUUGCCUUCCGUGCCCUGUUUGAUUGUGACCGGGCUGUGGCCCAAAAGGCCUGCGACCUCCUCCUCUUCCUGCGGGACCAGGCCGCCCCCUUCGCCAGCCUGCAGGGGGCGGGGAGCAGCCCCGACGUGGCCUCUGUGGAGGCCACGCUGCAGAGGUGGCAGGCGGGCGAGCAGGGCCGGCCGCUGGGGCCCCUGGAGCCGGAGGCUGCGAUGGCCGUGCUGCGGGCCCUGGACCUGGAGGGCCUGCGGGGGGCGCUGGCGCAGAGCAGCGACCACGUGGAGAGGAGCCCCCAGUCGCUCCUGCAGGACAUGCUGGCCGCCGCGGGCGCCCUGGGGGACAACGAGGCCGACUGCUACUGAGGCGGCCCCGCGGCCGCCCCCGCCCCCGCGGCUGGGCCCCGUCUCCCCCGCAGCGCAGCCCGGCUGCGUGGGGGACCCUCAGGGAAGCUGGCCCCGGCGAGACCAGUAAGGCCAGCAUCACGUGUGUUGCCGUAUUGUUAAAGUGGCAUUUUUCUACUGAAAAUAAAUGGCGUUU